UCUCUCUCUCUCUCCUCUCUCUCUCUCUCUCUCUCUCUCUCUCUCAUCUCUACCUAUAUAUACUUCUCCGUUCUGUUCCACUUGAUCGAGUUUCUUAACAACACUACACAGCAACAUUCUCACUAUGCCUGUAAGAAUCUCCGAAGCCUUUCCAUCCCACCCCCAUAAACACUACCCUGCAGACUUCAACUCACUACACGAGUUACCAGACUCAUAUGCAUGGACUAAUCAACUCGACGAGUUCCCAUCUCUGGACUCUCCAUUCGGCUCUGAUCUGUGUGUUCCGGUCAUCGAUCUAAAUGACCAAAAUGUCAUUAAACUCAUAGGACAUGCAUGUAAAACAUGGGGUGUGUUCCAAGUCACAAACCAUGGAGUCCCACAGAAGCUUGUUCAUGAUAUUGAAUCAACUUGUCGAAGCCUCUUCUCUCUGCCAGUUCAGCAGAAGCUCAAAGCCGCUCGACCGGCCGACGGAAUUUCUGGUUAUGGAAUCCAUCGGAUAUCUUCGUUUUUCCAAAAACUCAUGUGGUCCGAGGGCUUCACCCUUGUUGGCUCACCACUUGAACAUUUUCGACAACUCUGGCCCCAAGAUUACAACAAAUUCUGUUGUAUGGUAGAAGAAUACGAGACAGAGAUGAAGAAGCUAGCAGGGAGGCUGAUGUGGCUAAUAUUUGGAUCAUUGGGGAUAUCCAAGGAAGACGUCAGUUGGGCCGGCCCAAAAGGUGGCUUUGAAGACGCAUCCAAUGCUCUACAAUUGAAUUCCUACCCGGCUUGUCCGGAUCCUAGUCGGGCCAUGGGUCUGGCCGAGCAUACGGACUCAACCCUCCUCACAAUCAUCCACCAAUCCAACAUAAGUGGCCUGCAAGUUCUUCGUGAAGGCGCCGGGUGGCUCACUGUUCCGCCCGUCGCCGGAGCUUUGGUGAUCAACAUUGGCGAUCUCAUUCAUAUCUUGUCCAACGGGGAGUACCAGAAUGUGCUUCACCGGGCAAUAGUCAACCGAAGUCAACAACGUCUAUCGGUGGCUUACCUAUAUGGGCCACCGAUUAACGUUCAAAUCUCGCCUCAUUCGAAAUUGGUCACCCCAAGUCACCCUUCUCUUUACCGCCCGGUCACUUGGAAAGAGUACCUUGGUAUCAAAGGAAAACUCUACAACAAGGCACUUUCAUCCAUUAAGUUUCAUGAUCAUCAAAAUGAUCAAAUGUAGUCGUGAAUGUUAAUGGCUUGUAAGGGCAUAAAUAAAUCCUUAUUUUGUUACAAAU